AUGGCAGGCCAAGGAAGCGAAGGUGUUAUUGUUGAUGCUUUGCCUUACUAUGAUCAGGGCUACGAUGAACCUGGAAUCAAAGAAGCGGCCCUGGCUCUGGUUGAAGAAGAGACGAGAAGAUACCGACCAACAAAGAACUACCUAGAUUAUCUACCACCACCGAAUUACAAUGCUUUUGAGACGGAGAUCAUGAAGAAUGAAUUGGAAAGAAUUCAGGCAAGGUUACCCAUGGAUAUGUUGAGUAUGAAGAGAUAUGAAUUGCCACAGCCGCCAGCUGGUAAAAUGACAGAUAUUACGGCAUGGACAGAAUGUGUGGACAACUCUCAAGCUCAGUUAGAACACCAAGCUUUACGGAUUGCAAAUUUAGAAUUGAUGACUGAUUUUGGAAUCAACGCCUGGAAACUCUACAACAAUCUCCUUGUCCAUAUGGUGGAAGCUGCACAGAAACAGUUGGUGGAGGUCAGAAAAAGAAUCCAGGACAUCAACUGGAAAAGGAAAAGUGAACAAACGGCCGCUGGUACUAAGUUAAAACUUCUGGAGGAGAGCUGGGUUGGUCUUGUCAGUAAGAAUUACGAAAUCGAACGAGCCAUAGCCGAUUUGGAAAAAGACGUUUUUGAGCUCCACCAGAAAAAUAAGACGAAGGUCAGGAGUAGUUAGGAGCAGGUUGAACUUUGAUGGACGCUCAAUGAACGUUGAAAAGAAAGUGCAUUUAAGACUUUUGUGGUACAGUGGAUUUGAUUGACAUAGGCUUGUUCUGUAGGUUGUUGCUGAGAAGAAGGACAAUGUCACAAUCUAGUUCCAAUGGACAGCAAUGAUCAGAACAACCGGAGACAGAUAUGUGACACUGUCUCACUGGGCAUCAGGGAUGGGUUGCCACUUAUGGCAAAUGCUUUUCUGGCAUAGAUCAUCUGCUCAGAAAUACUGUUUAUGCUACUUGUAGAAUACAACAAAUAAAAUAAA